CGCUACCUAGAGAGCGCCCGCAAAUAGCUGGUGAUCGGGAUCGGCACUACAAAAUGGGCGAUGUGAUCAGUUUGAACUGUACCUCUGGAAGAUCCUCACCCGCUCAGGCCCUCCAAUGGUUCCUCAACGAUAAAGAGGUGCGGCCCGUCUGGUUCGAGACUGCAAACCACACGCACGGGUUGAUGACGUCGACGAGCUCCUUAAACGUGAAGGCACAAGAGAGUCACUUCAUCAACGGCCGAAUGUUGGUCACCUGCAAAGCCGCCAUGCCCAGGCGGCUCGCCGAUCUAGGAGCCUCCGAUUCGGCGCACCAACAGCAUCGAAAAGCACCCCUGGAGACUUCCAUUUAUCUGAGAGGCAGCGCCGACAGUCCCCGGCAAAGGACCGCCCUCUGCGUCUCGCUCGCCUUGGCUUGGCUCAUCCUCAAACUAACUCAUAUCAGUUGUUUGUAAUUAGUUUACUAUUGAUCCGCUGUAAAUAAAUAUCAUUUGUUUAUUUCUUUAAA